AAGAAAGCAGUAAUUUAGCAGAAAAUCAUGGAAACACGAGUCAUAUUUGUCCUCUUGUUGGGAAGCGUCGUCAUGGUAACGGGACAGAACCCCAUAUUUUCCGUGGUGAACGGACUCGCAGGAUUUUUCGAAGCUCAACAACAACAAUUUAUUUCGAAUUUGCUCAAUUUAAAUCCAUUGAAUAUACUGCGACCGAGAAGAACCACGACCACGGUGCGACCAGCCCCGGUAAUAAUUACCGAGACGACGACCACGGCGCCAACACAACCACCAACUUCACCCCCAGAAAUUAGUACCCCGCAAAAAAGUACGACCGUGGUUGCUAUAGUAACCGAGGCCGUGACCUUAGCAACUGAACCGGCAGUGGAAACUUUACAAAAUAAUGGGGAAACUGCACCCCCUAAUGUUCCCGAAGAAAAUUUGGAAAAUAUUCCCAUAGAAACUACACCCCUUGAAAUCCCUGCUGAAAAUUCCGUCGAAAUCUUGGAAACUUUCGAAAAUAAUGAACAAAGUGGGCUCCCUAACCUUCCUGAUUUGGAUAAAAAUCAGGAAACUUUGGAAAAUAAUGGACCAAACACGCUCCCAAAUUUUUCUGAGUUGGAUAAAGAUCAAGAAAAUUUAGAAAUUGUAGAAACCGUUCCCAUAGAAACCAUACCUCUUGAAAUCCCUGCUGAAAAUAUUGUGGAAAUUUUAGAAAAUAACGAGCAAGGUGGACCCCCAAAUUUUCCUGGGUUGAAUAACGAUCAAGAAAAUUUGGAAACCAUAGAAACCGCACCUUCUGCUGAGAAUACGCUGGAAACUUUGGAAAAUAAUGGGCAAAAUGUACUCCCAGAGUUUCCUGAUUUGAAUAAAAAUCAAGAAAAUUUGGAAACCGUUUCCAUAGAAACCGCACCCCUUGAACUAACCUCUGCUGAACUUGCAGAAUUAGACCCCGAAUUAGAAUCCGGGGAAUAUAUCGAUUCUGAAGAAAUUUUUCUUCCUUCCGAACGAAGCCUAUUUCCAUGGCAACAGCAAAAUAUAACACUGCAACAAUUGCAAAAUUUCAUUCAGCAAAAUUCCGAUUUUACUUUUGAUUCACCAGACCAGCUGGAAAUUUUGUAUCAAAAUUUUAUCAAAAAUAAUUCCAGUAUUUUUUAACAGAAAAAAAUAUUAUUAUUACCAGGAAAAUAUAUUUACUAUGAAAAUGAUUAAUUUAAGCUUUUAAUAAAUCUAAUAAUUAACUAAAUACCCUUAAAUAUGUGUAAUUCGUUAAGUUUGCAAAUAUAUUUCAAAAUUGGACACCUUUUUGAAACGUUA